CUCGCGCGUGGUAGCUAACCUUCCAAGCGUGGAGUGGUCAAGUGCCUGCCAUCCGAAUCAAGAAGUAAGCCAAAUCUCUGGGUCGCCAGCUGUUCAUUUGCGUGAUGGUCAAACUAGCACUCCGAACUUCAACGUCGACAACAAAACCAGUUUUUCCUUUAUGUUCUCGAAAUCCGCCAUCUCAUUUAUUUUAUGCGUUUGGGGCAUCCUCAACUUGAUAUAUAUCUCCAUCCGUACGCAGAUACGUCCACCCGUUGGCGAAGCCUAUACAUAUCAUGGACACGAUUAUCCAGAGACACUUCCACUCCCUUUCGACCACCUCGAGAAUGUGUUGCUCACAGUCGAGGAGAGCGACCGAUUCACACUCACGGGGCAUCCAUCUGAUCCACAGUGGGCUCGACUGGCUCCAGCCUCUGGAGGAUACGUCAGGCUAGGUCCAGAAAACCGCCUCUUCUUGGUCUCCAUGUUCCAUCAACUCCAUUGUCUUCGCUUCUUCAAUUGGGCCUUUGACCCAGAGUUUGAAGGACUCUACAAAAUUUUCGCCACUGAGGAUCACAGCGCGCAUUGCCUCAAUUAUCUUCGGCAGAUGAUCCUUUGUUCUCCGGAUUUAACCCUGGAAAAGGGAGACUUCCGGACGCGCAAUUUUGCACUGGAGAGGAGCGGUUCCACGCAUACAUGCCGUGACUGGAGCACAGUGUAUAAUGUGAUGGAGGACAAUUGGGAUCGGUGGAAAAACAGGACAUCAUGAUCCAACCUCUAGAAACGGGCCUGAAGGUUCACUUGUGUUGUGAAAUUUGAGGGUGUUGAAUACCACGGAGUAUUUAAUA